UAUUGGAUCAGAUCCUCUGCAGCUCGUGUCCGCAUUUCUUGUGCUGUCGCUCAUUGCUAGUACUGAAGUCUGAAGAAGACGCAGGCGGCUCAUUGCGAGACAACCCAGGUCGUCUGGGCUUUAUCGCUCGCUCUUCUUGAGAGACUCUUAAGUGGAAAAAUAUCCGAACUUCAGCAGGAAGACUUGAAAACUUGCAAUGGGGAACGAAACCGGUAUAUGGGACGAUUCAGCUCUCAUCAAUGCCUUCAAUGACGCCAUUUCCAAAUACAAGAAGAUGCAUAGCAAAGGAUAUCAGGAUAAUUCAGCCGAGGGAGAGAAAGAGAGAAGCGCUGCUGAAAACGUAUCUGAUCAAAUCGAUCAAAGUCAUGAAGCUACUGGACAAAUAGGGGUGCUUGAUAUUGACAAUGCUGUAUUGAACACUGGAUCUGAUGCUGGAAUAGCUAAUGAUCUUCCUCAAAGUCAAGAAAGUUAUCAUGCCAAUUUACAUGCUCAAGAGGAGGCUUUCAUGAACAUGUCAAAUAUUCCCUACACACAAAAGGCUCUUGAUGGCUUCUCAUAUUCACAAGAUGUGGGAGACUAUGGAAAAUUACUUAGCCAGUAUUAUGAACUUGAGGAGCAGAGGCAAAAAGUUUUACAGCAACUUCAUCAGACAGGUUACUGGAAUUACCAAGGCAUAGUUGAAGGUUCUGGUUCUUCUGCACAGUGGGCUGCAAGUUCUACUUUUCAGGAACAACAUCAAGUACCUACACACCAAUACUCUCUGCCAGAGGUGCUUUCUUCUUGCUGCCAUUGUGUUUGCCCUUGUUUGGUGGCUCAAUGCUCUUCACUACCUUGUUGUGCUUUGGGUGGAAGUUGUGUCAGUAACAUUGGCACUGAUGUUAAUACUGCUUCAUGUAAGAUGGGUCCUCAAAAGUCCUCAUCUUUUGAAGAUGACGGUAUUGUCAAAACCAGCAUGGGAGCUGCAGAAAGAGCGAUUUCUUUGUCUAAGAUGAUGAAAUCUACUGCUUCAAAUAUCCAUGAAGGUCCAUCGACAUCAACAACAGGUCUAUCCACAGACUAUCUACAGGGAUACCUCAGAGGUCAGAUUAGAGGUUCUGAAGAACUAACAAGGACAUUGAAGGACGUCCUUCAUGUUGUAAAAAGACUUGAUCUUAAUAAAUGAAAUUGGCUGGGAGGAGAGAAGCUCGAUUCAAUGAAUAGUUUUAUGUUUAAAAAAAAAAAUGUAUGUUUUGUAUUAAUUGUCUUGAGUUUUGGAGACCAUUUUACUUCCAUUGGAUCAGCAACGUUGUCAUCAACUGGAUAUUUAUAUAUGACAAUGUAGAUCAUUAUUAUCGUCAUGACUUUAUUUUAA